AUGACAGAACAGAAGGCACUCUACCUGACCUCCAAACACGGACAGUUCGAAGUCGGAACCGCCCCUAUUCACAAGCCUGGCCCCGGGCAGCUCGUAGUCAAGAUCGAAGCGGCUGCACUCAACCCGAUUGACUGGAGGGUCCAGGCUUGGGGGAUCCUCGUCGAGAAGUUCCCCGCGAUCCUCGGUGAGGACCUUUCCGGGACCGUCUACGAGGUCGGAGAGGGCGUCAAGGACUUCAAGAAGGGCGACAGGAUUCUCAUGUGCGCACCUGUCGGCGCGGGCGAGCAAGCGGGCUUCCAACAGUAUGCGAUUGCAUCUCCAGAGUUGACGGCCAAGAUUCCCGACAAUGUGUCCUUCGAGGGGGGAGCCACCAUACCCCUCGGACUUGCAACCGCCGUACUUGGUCUCUAUGAUCACGAAGACGGGGCCAUCGGGAACUGUGGCCUCUACCCGCCCUGGGAGGAAGGAGGGCGCGGCAAGUAUAAGGGACAGUCCAUCCUCAUCUUCGGCGGUGCUAGCUCUGUCGGUCAAUUCGCGAUUCAACUCGCCAAACUCUCCGGGUUCGGACCCAUCAUCACGACAGCAUCUCUUCGCCACACUGAGUGGCUCCAGAAGCUAGGCGCGACGCACGUUCUCGACCGGAACCUCCCGUUGGACGGUCUCGCGGAGGAAUUGAAGGGCAUCACUGUCGAGCCGUUCAAGGUUAUCUACGACGCCGUCGCCUCGCCCGAGACGCAGAACUUCGCGUACGGAAUCCUCGCACCUGGCGGCGCGCUCGCCGUGGUGAUGCCUGUGGCGGUCAAGGAGGAGCUAAAGGUUCCGGACAAGAAGGCGUACUGGAUGAUCGCAAACUUCUUCAUGCCGCAGCACAAGAAGCUCGGUGUCAGCCUAUAUUCGAAGUUGCCGGCCUUGCUCAAGGAAGGCGCGAUCAAGCCCAACCCUGUGGAGGUCAUUCCGGAUGGAAUAGGGGGUAUAGUGGUAGGACUGCAGAAGCUGAGCAAGGGCGUCAGCUGCGUAAAGCUCGUAGUAAAUCCCCAGGAGUAA